AUGGAGCUAAAAUCCGUGAAGCCAUGCGGCCAGUGCACGCCUUGGCGAUCUCUGGGUCGUGCAAGACAGCACCGAGCUGUUGCAACAACAGCCCUACGGCCCCUGCGCAUGCGCCGGGCCGAGAGGCCGUUCCGGCCGUCCAGGCCAUGGCUUGUUAUCGGCUCCGCGGGUUACGCCAAAGCACGCGGUCGCCAGGCUCGGCACUGCCGCGUUCCGGCAGAGAUGACCGAGGAUGAGGAAGCCACGGAUGCAGUGGAUGACACCGGUGGAGGGGAGGUCCAGGAUGGGCGACGGAGCUACGAGACCUGUGUUGGCUCCUAUGCCUGGCUCUACGACAAACAGGGCUACGACUGGACCGAACUCGCGGGUCGAAGAGAGAAAGGGCCCAAGACCUCUGUGGCAUUGAUCAUAGGCUACUUGGGCCACCACUUCGCUGGUCUCCAGCAACCUUGGAUAGCUUCGGAGAACUUCGUGCGUGCGGUCGAGACGGAGCUCGAGCUAGCGUUGCUGAAGGCGGGAGCCAUGAUUCCGGAGAACUUUGGCAACCUGUGCAGGCUGCGAUGGAGCCGUGUUGGCCGAACGGACGGCGGCGUCAGUGCAGCUUGUAAUGUGGUUACCGGCCGCCUGAUUGUUGGCAAGGAGGAAGGUGCGCUGGAUGCACUCGUGGAGAGGAUACGCUCGUUCCUGCCUCCCGAUGUUGAGUUGCACGGUGCGGCCGCCGUUUCCAAACGCUACAAUGCACGUUGGGAAGGCGCUCGCCGCGACUACCGCUUUUUGUUGCCCAGCUUCUGUGUCGUGCCGACGUUGGCCAAAGUCCGCCAAUGGCUGGCAGAAAACAGGCCCUUGGAAUCCCCGACGGGUUUUGACGUUGAGGAUCUUAGGGAGAUUGAGAAGGAGCUAGGACUGCGGCAGGUCCGCAUUAGCGACGACCAGCUGCAGCGCUUUCGCGAAGCCUUUUGUAGCUUCGAGGGUACGCAUUACUUCGGGAACUUCGCCAACAAGAAGCUGGAUCCCAUGGGACCUCAAGGCUUUCGGCACCUGCGAAGGGUGGCCUGUGGAGAGCCAUUCGUGGAUAACUUCGGCAGAGAAUGGCUUCCUCUGGAGAUCAGUGGAGAUAGUUUCCUGACCCACCAGAUCCGGAAGAUGGUGGCCACCGCCGCCUUGGUUGCGCAGGGCAUAGUGUCGAUGGAAUUCAUCCAAGCUGCCAUGCACAGGCGCAUCUAUGUGAAGACGCAGCGGUUUCCGCCCGUGGGGCUGAUGUUCCAAAGGCCGUUCUUCAGCCCGAAGACUCCACAGCGUGCCGGUGUCGAGGCAGCACUCCAGUCUGAAGACGUCUCCGACCGCAUUGCUGCCAUGAAGGCACGUCUCGAGGAAGCCAUCCUCAAGGAAGCGGAUGAGCGGCGAAGCGCAGUGAAGUGGCUGGCCUGCGUGGCGCACUUCGAGCCGGAGGACAUGGAGAGCGAGGUUCUCAAGGAGUUUCGGGAGCUGAAGUCAACUAUGGAUCGGCAGAUUCGUGGGCGGCGUGCAGCAAGCACCCAGGUCGUUUGCAUCCGUGCUGGCGAAGGAAGCGAUCUUUGGUUGGGCCGCCACUUCCAGAGCAGAUGA